CUCAAAAAUUGUUGCUUGACAACCUCAAACGAAUUUUGCAGCAGACCGUCUGAAACUUAUUAGUUAUAAUUAUCGAACUUUCCACAUUUCAGUAGAGAAGACUGCUUAGAACACAAGCUUAACAAUGGCAAGCUCUGCCCAAGAUGGUCGCUAUUCUUUUAUUUGUGAGUGGUACGACAACAAUGCAGCAAUUAUCAGACGAUAUCAGUUCCUCUUCUACCCUAAUGAUAACACCAUUGAAAUGUAUGACCUAAAGAAUAGACGUCAGUUCUUGAAGAGAUCACAGUGCAAUUCAGUCCAUCUAAAAGACCUCUAUGUUGGUAGUAUUGUUAACGUUCACUCACGUCAGCUGACCCUGGUUGAGUAUGCUGAUGAUUUCACGAAGAGAGCGCUUACAAAUGUCAAACAGAAGACAUUAGGGCUGAUCAAACCUGACGCCAUUUCAAAAUUUGGUCCCAUUAUUGAUAUGACAUACAAGCAAGGAUUCGUGGUGACCAAUGCCAAGAUGACCAGGCUGACCAGAGGUCAAGCUGAGGAGUUCUAUAGAGAGCAUUCGGGAAAACCAUUCUAUAACAACCUUGUGAGUUUCAUGAGCAGUGGUCCAAUCGUUGCUAUGGAGCUGAUCACCAAUAAUGGUAUAGGAGAAUGGCGCACUCUUCUUGGACCAACGGAUAGUGCCACAGCCCGCAGUGAUGCCCCCGGUAGCAUCAGAGCUAAGUUUGGUACAGACAACACCCGCAAUGCAUGCCAUGGUUCAGAUUCCAUGGAAUCCGCAGACAGGGAAAUCUCCUUCUUCUUUGGACAGCCGGCAGCGUUUCCAAACAAUGCCUCACUUCGGGAUUGCACAUGCUGCAUCAUUAAACCAUCGGCAAUCAAAGAAGGGUUAGCCGGUCAGAUCAUGACAGCUAUAUGCAAUGAAGGAUUUGAAGUGACUGCCAUGGAGAUGUUCCACAUGGAGAAAGCCAACUCGGAAGAAUUCUUUGAGGUUUAUAAGGGUGUCGUUACUGAGUACAUGGAAAUGGUGGAUGAGCUAACCUCCGGGGCUUGUUAUGUCUUGGAGAUUAGUUCCCCCAGCGGGAAGUUCGACAACGUUGCCAAGGCUUUCCGUGAGUUUGUUGGACCGGCAGAUCCGGAGAUAGCUCGUACACUACGACCCCGCACCCUUCGAGCCAGGUUUGGAGUUAACAAGGUCAAUAACGCCGUUCAUUGCACCGAUCUCCCAGAAGAUGCGCUCCUGGAGACAGAGUACUUCUUCAGAAUCUUGUCACAAUAAAUUAUCUGAGUGCCUUGAGUCAUUGAGGGUGUUUCUGUCACCUUUUAUAUUUUUACAGUUAUACAUGAUUUUAAGAAUGACUGGAAUAUGAAAUGCCACAUAUGAGCCUAAAGGCAUUCUUAAUGUUAAAAAAGUAUAUCUGUAUUUCAAAUAUAUUCUUGUGAAGCUAUUGCAGCCAACGUACUUUGCUUCAAAAAUGUGUGUUAACAAUCAACAAAUGUAAUCAUCAUGUGCUUAUUUGACAUAUGCUGGUACUGUAUAAAAAAAAUCAAUUGGUUUUCCAGAUUUAGUUGCUUUUAAAGUCAUGCAUAACUUUACAAACUGCUUUGUGAAACUCGCGACGUGUCAUUUUUAUUACCUGUACCAAAUGACUGGAAUUCUGUAGUCUGGUUUAAUUGUUAUUCUGGACUACAGUUGUUGUUUAACUAUGGAUAGCCAAUUAUGACCGAAAUCUCUUUCAGGAGAGGUUCAAUGUAGCAGCUCAUUUUAACAAGAAAUGAUUCUUAAUCCUAUAGGAAGGAUAAAAAAAGAUGUUUUUCUUCACUGUUAAAGAAUUAGGAAAGAGAACAGUUACAUAAAGAAAUCUACAUUGUAAACAAAUUGCUGACAUUUUUGGCUUCCCAUAACUCCAGCACAGAGUUAGACAGACCAUGGUCUAAGUUUAGCCCGACUUCAGAAUACAGGUCAAUGUGUUUAUGUAUAGUGUGGGUGAAUCGAACGACUGAAUAACACAGAGUUGCUACUGGGAUAAUAUACAACUUGUAUUGCCUUGUUAAGACCUCUUUAGCUUUAUAGCAAUUAGAGUAAUGUGUUCUGAUUUCAAAUCUAACACAGACCAAGGUUAUGUUAACGGAAAAGUACCCAUUUCAUGAUAACAAGUGGAUAACAGACAAAGUGGAUAUUAACCCUAGACCACACACAGAUUAUAUGGCAUAUAUGCAUAAUGGCAAUCUCUCACUGGAGGAAAUAAUAAAACUGGUAAUUAGUAGGCAUUGUUCCAAACAAAUUGAAACAGUUUUUUAUAAAUUUACUUUUGUUCAUUACAAGUUAUAUUUAUUUUGUAGCGUAGGACCUGUUGAAUAGAAUGGUACAUGGCAAAGUUCAAUCAGAUGUACGAAUAGUGACCUUUGACCUUUGAGAAAUAAAAGCAAAAGUUCGGGUUUCAGCCGCCCCAGUCCCACGCCUUCAAAAAAUGUAAAGUAUUACGUCCAUAUCGACUUCGAUGUCACUCUGUGUGAUAUCCAACAUUUUGAUGAACUCUUCAUCGUAUAUCAACACCCAAGCUUCUUCGGCGGAGUAAGUGGUUUUCCGAGACGUGGACGCAGCCAUCUUUGCUGAGAGCGACUGCGCAACAGUCAUAAAACAUACAUGUACGUCCUUGAAAUCAAAUGAAAUGGUGAAUGCGCUAACUGGCAGUUGGACCAAAUGGCUGAUAAAUGAAUUGCUGUAGAUGAAGUAGGAUUCGACCAUGUGGGAUAAGGCCAAACAUGGGUCUAGACUCGAGACAAAGCCAGCGUGAAACGAGAGGCAAUUUAACCCGUCGCGUUAAAAAAUCAGAUGAACCUCUUCAACGCUCUUGUAUUGUGGGUAAUACCUCACUCCCACCAUUGUGCGAUACGUUGCAAAAGCCAAGAUUGGCUAAUUCGCAGCUGAUCACAAAAAAAAUGAACCGUCCAAAUAUGUUUUCUUCUAUCAAUAUGAUCAUCACGACUGAUCUGAUAUCUGAUACUAUCACUACGAUUUCUCCACAAUUGAGAACGCAGUUUAAAUCGUGAUGCAAAUCAUGACAGUGGAUACAUACUAGGUACAGGGUGUAUUUGAGUUCCUGUCCCUUCUCUGCAAUUUGUUAGUAAGUCAGUUAAUUAAGGCCAUUGCAAGUGCCUCUAGUUGUCUCUUAAA